AUGAGAGGGUCAAACGACAAAGCCAUAAGAAAAGGCUAUGCUAUAGAGGAGCUACAAGACCUCCCCACUGACUUCGACGCUCGCACCGCCUUUCCCAAUUGCUCAAAGGUUAUCGGCCAUAUCAGAGACCAGUCAGCUUGUGGAAGCUGUUGGGCAUUCGGUGUCACUGAGGCCUUCAAUGACCGCCUAUGUAUCAAGUCGCAUGGGACGUUCACGGAGCUCCUAUCGGCCGGCGAGAUGAAUGCUUGUGCGCCGUCCCACGGAUGCAAUGGUGGAUUUCCUAACUCAGCCUGGUCUUGGGUGCACGAUAAAGGGAUCGCAACUGGUGGAGAUUACGUUGCGGAAGAUGAUAUGACUAAAGACGAUGGGUGCUGGCCGUACGAUUUCCCCCCAUGCGCUCAUCAUGUCAAUGAUAGCAAGUACCCCAAAUGCCCGAAGGACUCAUACGAGACUCCCAACUGUGCCGAACAAUGCCACAACCCGAAGUAUACGACCACUUUGAGAGAUGAUCGUCAUUUCAUGGUGGAAUCCUCUCCUUAUCAAUACUCUGUAAACGAUGCCAAGAAUGCUAUCAGGACCGAUGGCCCAGUUUCGGCUUCUUUCACUGUUUACGAAGAUUUCCUAGCCUACAAGUCCGGUGUAUACAAGCAUACUUCUGGAGAAUAUCUCGGUGGACAUGCUGUGAAGAUAAUUGGUUGGGGUGAAGAGAGUGGACAAGCUUACUGGCUUGUCGUGAACUCCUGGAAUGAAGACUGGGGUGACCACGGCCUUUUCAAGAUAGCCCUCGGAAACUGUGGAAUAGAUGAUUACCUGCUUGGUGGUACACCUAAGGUCUGAGUGGAUCUCCUCCAUUAUGGAUGUGCACUGGAUGAAACCCAUCACAUUCGAAUCAGGACGAUCUGCUUUCGUCCAUAGUCAUUUUUCUUCCUGGCAGCAUGAAGUCUUAUAUUCUUUUCGCAUCUGUUGCAUGUGAAUGAAUAGCUGAUUGCUGGAACUUUUCAACAGAAGUCAUCUAGAGACUCUUAAAGAGAUGAUAAGUCGUAUAUUCAGUCCAUUCCGAC